AUGGCUCCGCCGCGGCCCGACGACUCCAGGGUGAAGAAGCAGUUCGGUUUUCCGCUCUUCUGCGGCGCGUGGGCGCCCACGAAAGGCCCCAGGGCGGGCUCGCAGGGCGAGGAGGGGCUGGUGGUGCUGGCGGGGGGCGGCGGCGCGGGGCGGCACGGCAUCAAGAGCAAGAUCAUCGCGUGCAAGUACAGCUUCGCGGCCGAUGAGCUCUCGGAGCCCAGUCUCUUCCAAGUGACGCCAGGGGAGGGCGAGGGUGGCACAGCGGGCAAGGCAGAGGAAGCGGAGGGGAAGGAGGGAGGCGCAGGGGCGGAGAGGGGAGAGGAGGUGGUUGCGGCGAGAAGGGUGAGUGAAGAGGCUGUGCCUCUGGAGCAGCUGCAGCUGGUGCCGAGCGAUGUGCGCCUCAAAUGGCUGGGACCAGGGGAGGAGGAGGAGAUGGGGGAGGAAAAAGGGGAGGGAGUUGGGGGAGAAGGGAAAGGGGCGGGCGAGGGAGGCAACGGGAAUGGGGGAAAGGAGGAGGAAAAGGGGAAAGGGGAGGAAGGGGAGACGGCAGCGGAGGUGAAGUGUUUGCUGUUCAGUGCGGAUGGGUGCAGAGUGGUGGCGGGGAGUGAGGAUGGGCGUGUGCGGGUGUUUGAGUGGCCUAGCAUGGACGUUCUGAUGGACGUGCCUCGAGCCCACACCUCCUCCCUCAGAGAUGCCGAUAUCAAUCUGGACAGCUCAUUAGUGGCCACCACGGCAGACGCGGGCCCUCUGAGGGUGUGGAGCGUGCGCAAGGGGACAGCACUUGCCACCCUCUCCAUUGCUGAGGGCGGGGCGCGCUUUGGGCUGUGCCGCUUCUCCCGCGACCCCAGCAAGCCGGUGCUCUACUCCACCUGCGUUAAGAGUGGCAAGGGGUGGGUGGUGGUGUGGGAGACGGCAGCAUGGAAGCGGGUGGCAGUGAGGAAGAUUCACAACGACCCCAUCUCCGCCUUUGCUAUCAGCCCCGACUCCUCUCUGCUUGCCACGGGCACACCAGAGGGCAACGUGUUCAUAGUGGAUGCGCGCACGCUGAGUGUGAGGCAGAGAGUGGUGGGGGCGCACCUGGUCUUUGUCACGGCGCUCGACUUCUCGCCCAACUCCAGGGCGCUGCUGUCAGUGUCAGGUGACUCCAGUGCGCGAGUCACCGCUGUCGCUGCCAAGCCCGCCGGCCAAG